GACUUCCCGAUGCACAGCCGAGAGGAAGAUAUGGAAAUCGCGUCCCACUACCGACACCUGCUUCGUGAGCUCAACGAGCAGCGGCAGCACGGGGUCCUGUGCGACGUGUGCGUCGUGGUCGAGGGCAAAGUCUUCAAGGCGCACAAGAACGUGUUGCUGGGGAGCAGCCGCUACUUCAAGACACUGUACUGCCAGAUGCAGAAGUCGGCCGAGCAGGCCACCGUCACCCACCUGGACAUCGUCACGGCCCAGGGCUUCACCGCCAUCAUCGACUUCAUGUACUCGGCCCACCUGGCGCUCACCAGCAGGAACGUCAUCGAGGUCAUGUCGGCCGCCAGCUUCCUGCAGAUGACGGACAUCGUGCAGGCCUGCCACGACUUCAUCAAGGCCGCGCUGGACAUCAGCAUCAAGUCGGACGCCUCGGACGAGCUCUCCGAGUUCGAGAUGGGCGCCCCGGCGGGCGGCAGCACGGAGGCCCUCAUCUCGGCCGUCAUGGCCGGGAGGAGCAUCUCGCCGUGGCUGGCCCGGCACACGAGCCCCGCCAACUCCUCCGGGGACUCGGCCAUCGCCAGCUGCCACGAGGGAGGCGGCGGCUACGGCAAGGAGGACCCAGAGCCCAAGGCUGAGGGCCCCGAGGAUGCCCCCCCGCGGCCCCUGUGGCCUCUGUGCGUCAAGGAGGAGCGGGCGUCCCCGCCGCACCCGGGCGCCGGCACACCGGGCUCCUUCCCCGGCCGCAGGAAGAACCGCAAGAACAAGGAGACCGUGCGGCACAUCGCGCCGCCUUUGGAGGACGGCCAGCCCGGCUCCCCGCUGCCCUCCUUCCUGCCCACCUCGGGGUGGCCGUUCGGCAGCCGAGACUCAAGUGCGGACGUGGCCGUGGCGGAAGCCAGCUGCUCGGACGGCCGCGCGGACAGGGCCGAGCUGUGCGCGCACGCGGACGAGGCCCUGCUGGGCGGCGCCGCCGGCUUCCUGGGCGCCGCCGACGCGGCCGACAAGGACGCGGCGCUGCAGCAGGCGGCCGCCGUGGCCAACCUGCGCGCCGCGCUGCUGAGCAAGAACAGCCUGCUGUCCGUCAAGGCCGAGGCGCUGGGCGACGACGGCGCGCUGCUGCUCGAGUACCUGCCGCCCGGCGCGCACUCGCUGUCGCUGAACGAGUUCACGGUGAUCCGGAAGAAGUUCAAGUGCCCGUACUGCAGCUUCUCGGCCAUGCACCAGUGUAUCCUCAAGCGCCACAUGCGCUCCCACACGGGCGAGCGGCCGUACCCCUGCGAGACCUGCGGGAAGAAGUUCACGCGGCGCGAGCACAUGAAGCGGCACACGCUGGUGCACAGCAAGGACAAGAAGUACGUGUGCAAGGUGUGCAGCCGCGUGUUCACAUCUGCCGCCAGUGUGGGCAUCAAGCACGGCUCACGGCGCCACGGCGUGUGCACCGACUGCGCUGGCCGCGGCAUGGCCGGCCCCGGGGACCACGGUGGCGGCGGCGAGGGCUCUCCGGAGGCGCUGUUCCCGGGCGACGGGCCCUACCUGGAGGACCCCGACGACCCACGAGGGGAGGCUGAGGAGGAGCUGGGUGAAGAUGAGGACGAGGACGUGGCCAAGUGGAAGGACGCCGUGGGCCUGGCGCAGGAGGACUCGCCAGGGCCCCAGAGCCCUCCCGGGGGGCCAGACAAGGACUUCAGCUGGCUCUCCUAGGCCCUGGCUGGGUGGGGGUGAUGGCCAUGUGGCCAUGGCACCUGUAUGUGUGGCCCACAGGGUUCUGCACCCAGGGGCAGGGCCACGCUAACCACUCCCUCCAGGCCCCCGGUGCCCUGGCCCCCUGGACACACGGACACCUUCCAGCCCCUGGGGUUGGAGGAGCAGCUGCAGCCCAGUGAGGUUCAGGGGGCCGUGGGUCAGCGGCCAGGCAGGCAGUGCUGGUCAGCAUCUCGGCUGUGGCUGUAGGGCCUCGGGUCUAAGGCGUUAGGCUCCAUGCACACUGAGCUGCAUCUGGCCUGGGCAGCUGGGUAACUGCCAGUGGCCACUGCUCCUGCCCACCCACAGGUCCAGUGCACAAAAGCCCUGCAGCCCUGACCUCUGGGCUCUGGUGCUAUCCUCGGGGGGAGCAGGCAGGGCCCCGGCCCCCGGCCCCCGGCCCCACCUCAACCUCAGCCCUGCGCUCCGCGUGUGCUUCCUGGAGCUCUGGGAGGCGCCGGCUCCUGCCUCUGCCUGUUUGCUGCUAACACUGGAGGCGGGCGGGGCCUGGCUGCUGUGUGCUGCUCCAGCUCCGGGGCGAUGCCGUGGCCGGCGCGUCCCCAGCGCUGGUCAGCGGCUCACACGCCACUCUGCACCCCCAGCACCCGUCACGUGGCUGCCUCGGGGUGCGCGCUCCAACACAUUCCAACCCCGCUCGCCCACACCCACCCUUCCCUCCCCCGGGACCCUUGCAAGGUGCUGAGCCGGGUGCCCACCCCAGGAAGCAUCUUCACACUUCCUCCAGUCGGUCAGCACACGGCUGUCACAGGGCUGUCACUAACUUCUCUCGUGUCCGCUGCUUCCCGGAAGAGAAGGGAAACCCCACAGAACCCUCAUGCGGGUCCCCGUGGCCACCUCCCGUGGUCAGCCUCGGGUUCCCACACUUUGUGCAGCUGUCGGGACGGGCACGCACGCCCCUCCCCUGGGGUGCUGGGAGCUCCUCCACCCGCAGUCCUUAAGCGGCAGGCCCGAGGUUCGCGGCCAGCUCUGGGCGCUUUGCUCGCCACCUGCUGCAUGCCGAGGGACAGCGCAGUGCAGCCCCUCACCGACAAUGCCGCAGCCGUGCCUGCCCCGGGCCCGGAGCCCUUGCUUUUUUACCCUUCAUCAGACGUCUGGAGCCCGGCCUUCAGCUGCACCCGUGCCGCCCAGGCCACCACAGAGGCUCGGGCACCGGCCGCCCCACCCAGCCCCGCCGUGGGCCACGUGGCUGGGUCCCUCCCGCUUGAGGCUGCCCAGGGGCAAGAGGCAGACGUGAGGAGGUGUUGUUUUUUUUUUUUUUAACAUGACUGAUUUUUUUUUUUAAAUUGAUGUUUAAACUAAUAAAUAUUUUUUUAUGAAGAGGAACGGUUGUGUAGAUUGCAUUUCACGUCUGUAUUCGUUUGUGUGUCGGCAUCAGCGGCACCCAGGCGGCCUGGCCCCGGGGGCGGGGCGCCCGUGGACCCUGGGUCUAGGAGCCGGAACACGCCGCCAGGACCCGCUGGGGACCGACUCGGGAUGGCAGCUGCCUCCAACUUUGCACACCCUCCCUUUAAGAAAGGACUCAGAAAAGUAGAGAUCCCGGAGCUCCUUGCGACGUGUGAGACCCCUGCCCGUGAUACACAGCCCACGAGAGCCACGCUCCUGUCUCGCAGACCCCCUCUUGGACGCGGCCUUUCUGGAACCACUGGUCGUGGGGGUGCUGCGUGCUCUCCUUAAAUAUUUAUUUUUUCCAACGUGCUUUCAACCUGUCCACGCAAAGUGACCAGAAAGCGGCAGCGUCUGGACUGCGGAUGCCCCUGGGGUCACCUCGAGCCACUGACUUUUAGUCAAUGUACUGAAGACGUGCUCAGUCUCGGGGGAGGCUUGGAGCCCGCGCCAGCCCCGGCCCUGGCUCCCGGCCUGCCUGUGGGUGCUCUGUGACGGGGUUGGCUUAGACGUUCUUGCAAAGCAGUCACUUCAAAUAAAUGCGGAAACCACCGC